AUGGCGAACGAUACCUCAUCUGUGCCACACCAUGGCACUGUAUCCAAUGGCCGGACCAACAACAGCCAUGCUGACAACACCAGCCUCGACAACUAUGACUCAAAAGCCCUGGAAAAUGCAGUCACGUCGACUGAGUCAAUUCCAACCCAUCCUUUGGGAGUGAAACCGCUGGGCAACCAGUAUCUCUCGGGCCGUCCGAACGCUCGGAAACACAUCGGAUAUCUGAAAAUUUUGCCCGAUGAGGCUCUUAUGCUCCUUUUGGAGUAUUUCGACGAGGAUCGUCUCCGAAAUCUAGGCUACACUUCCAGAUUCCUUUACGCAUUCUGCCGCUCAGAUGACUUGUGGAAGACGCUAUUUCUUCAAUCUCACAGCUCAGGAAGAUUUGAAGGCAAAUGGCAGGGAUCUUGGAGGGCUACCCAGCUGAAGCUCUCCUCUGAGCAACAGGCAAACAUUGACUGCAGCAAUGUCUUCUCUGACGUUAUACACCGACCGUUUGUCUGUAGUCAUGUAGACUUGAAGCAAUUCACCUCAAGGAUACCAACUCGCAACAUGAUCCGGCGCAUGGAAACCCUGACUUACGAGGAUUUCUCUGAGAACUGGACCGAUACCCCUUUCGUUCUCACCAAAUACAUCCAGAAGUGGCCUGUCUGCUACGAAUGGACUAUCGAUGCCAUAUCAAAACGCUACAAUGAUGUAGAGUUUCGCUCAGAGGCCGUUGACUGGCCCUUUUCGACCUACAACGAGUACAUGAACAAUAACGACGAUGAGAGCCCUCUCUAUCUAUUCGACAAAAAGUUUGCCGAGAAGAUGAAGAUCGCGAUUGAGCAAAAGGAGGGUGCGGCUUAUUGGAAGCCGGAAUGCUUUGGUCCGGAUUUGUUCGAGCUUUUGGGAAAGGAACGGCCCGCCCAUCGCUGGCUCAUCAUCGGACCCGAACGAAGCGGAUCAACCUUUCAUAAGGACCCCAACGGUACGAGUGCGUGGAACGCGGUGAUCCAAGGUGCGAAAUAUUGGAUCAUGUUUCCACCCACGGCUAUGGUCCCCGGAGUGAUUGUCUCGCAGGACAGCAGCGAGGUCACCAGCCCCUUGAGCAUCGCAGAAUGGCUUCUCGAGUUUCAUGCAGAAGCACGUCGGUUACCCGAGUGCGUCGAGGGUAUCUGCCAAGAGGGGGAAGUUUUACAUGUGCCGAGCGGGUGGUGGCAUCUAGUGGUCAAUUUGGAAAGCGGCAUUGCACUGACCCAGAAUUUCGUACCGAAAAAUCAACUCUCCGAGGUUAUCUCAUUCCUGAGGGAUAAGCCAGAUCAAGUUUCUGGCUUCAAGCAAGAAGUAGCUGAUCCAUACGCGUUGUUCAUCGAGCGACUGCGCCAGGAACAGCCAAAUCUGUUGGAAGAAGCCCUUCUUAUUUUGGAGAAGAAGAGCAUUCAGAAAAAGAGGAAGUGGGAGGAAGCAGUGGGCGGAAGCCAGGCAGAGACCAGCGGAGGUGGCUUCAGCUUCGGAUUCGGGGAUGACCUGGAUGACGAAGAAAUCCCCUGA